GGGACUCUAUAACACACACACACACUCCACGGCCACUGUUUACAAACACUGAGCACCACCCGGCGGGGCGGCUACGCAGACGGUGCUGACGGCGAAUUUGGUUAGAAAAAAUCUCUAUCGACGGUGCUGACGGCGAAUUUGGUUAGAAAAAAUCUCUAUCGACGGUGCUGACGGCGAAUUUGGUUAGAAAAAAUCUCUAUCGACGGUGCUGACGGCGAAUUUGGUUAGAAAAAAUCUCUAAUACUUAUUGUCUUCACGGGAGGAAGCGGCGAGCCGCUCGGCACUGCAGUGCCUCGCGCGACACAAACGAGCAAGAUGAUCUCCAGGAUUGCUGCAGCGAGAAGGACCUUGCUGGUUGCUUUUCCCUCACACCAUACCCGCCACAGAUUAAGUUUCCAGAUUUGGAGAAAUGCAUCUCGCAACAUAUUGAAACUUGAAGAAAGAGGAUUAUGGGCAGACUACUUUCCUGAUUCCAACAUCAACAAGUUGAUUGAAGAACUAACAAGAAAGCCUCAGACCAUAUACAGUGGUUUUGAUCCCACAGCUGAUUCACUGCAUGUUGGUAAUCUUCUAAUUGUUAUGGCUCUUCUACACUGCCAGCGGGCUGGACACAAUGUAAUAGCUCUUAUAGGAGGCGCUACAGCUCAAAUUGGGGACCCAAGCGGCCGCAUGACUGAGCGACCUCAGCUCAGUGUAUCAGAAGUUAAAGCCAACUCACAGAAAAUCUUGGAGAAUCUAAAUAGAAUAUUCAGUAAUCACAAGGAGUAUUUUUGGGAUGAGCCAAAAAAAUCACCUUUGCCUCCUAUCAGGACAGAAAACAAUAUCACAUGGUACAAGACACUGAAUGUAGUAGACUUCUUGCGUGACACUGGCCGCUACAUAAGGAUCGGAGAUAUGUUGUCCCGCACCAGCGUUGCAUCCCGCAUGGACUCUUCUGAGGGGCUGAGCUUCACUGAAUUCUCUUAUCAGAUUUUGCAAGCUCAUGAUUGGUUACAUCUGUAUGACAAGCACAAUUGCACAAUACAGAUUGGAGGGAGUGAUCAGAUGGGUAAUUUGCAUACGGGUUACCAGUUGAUCAAUAAAGUGCGUGAUGUAACAGUUACAGGUUUGACUACCCCAAUCAUAACUGAUGAAAGUGGUGACAAAUUUGGCAAAUCCAGAGGAAAACCCAUUUGGCUAGACAGGAGCAAGACAUCACCAUUUGACUUCUAUCAGUUCUUUGUCAGAAUGAAAGACUCUGAGGUAGAAAAGUAUCUGAAACUGCUCACUUUCCUUCCUCUUGAGCAAAUAGAAACAAUCAUGGAGAAGCACAAGAGGAAACCUGAGGAUCGACAUGCACAAGUGAAACUGGCAGAGAAAGUGACUUUAUUAGUCCAUGGAAAAACUGGUUUAGAAUCUGCGAAGCGCACAACUAGUGUACUGUAUGGUAACCAGCCGGAGGUUCUGGCUGAAAUGACCAAAGAUGACAUAGAAGAAGUCUUCAGAUCAGCAUCAUCUUCUAAACUGCUUUUGGAACCUGGAACUUCAAUCCUUGAUAUGGCAUUGAAGGCUGGCUGCUUCUUGGAUGAAAGAGAUGGUCGCCGCAUCAUAGAGGCUGGAGGGUUCUAUGUAAACCUUUCACGAGUGACAAAACCUGAUCUGAUAAUCAUCCCUGAAGCACAUAUAUUACCUAAUGGGUUAUCUCUUGUCAGAGUUGGCAAGAAGAACUACCAUGUUAUCCAGUGGAUGAAGUAGGUUAUGUAGGUUUGUUUUGAUUGUUACAUAUUUUGAAUUUAAAAAUAAAUGAUAGAAGUAUCUUAAUUUCAAGC